AUGUUUAGGGGGCACUCGCCGCUGACCUUUGUGGAGAACAAAGAAUCACCUGUGAAGCUGAUCGAAGUUACCAGUGAUGGUCAUGCAAGAAGACUGGAAGUAACGGAAGAUCUAAUCGAGGGAUACAUUGAAAGAGACUUCGCGACAUAUGGGAGCAGAAUUGAGCAGCCAGCAAACGUGGAGACUAUUAAACUCUUGUGA